UAUUCAAUCACACAAUCUCUCUCAAAUCUCAACCCAACAAUGUCAAGGAUGAAACUCGAUCGCAAGCCUCCGCUCGCCAAGUCCCCGACCCGUCUCCGACCACCCAGCCGCGUCCUCCGAUCAGGCUCAACCUCCCUCCAAACCCCACCAGGGUCGCUGACGAAAUCCCAGAAACCGAGCCGAAUGUGGGACAUGGAGGAGCCGGAUCUCCGGCCGGAAUACCGCUCCAUUUCCUGCGAACUGAGGGCUCUGGCGAAGAUGGUAGGCAAGGAAUUCGGGGAUGAAGAUUGCGAAAAGGCUGGUUCGGGGUUUCGUGAAUCUGUGAGUGCUAAUCCAAGCCCUUUGUUUGAGAGGGGGAAAUUGUAUGAGGAGUAUUCUGCUAGGAGGAAUGAGAGGCUGAGGAAGAAGUAUGGCGGAACAGGGGAGGAGUUCAAGUCUGCGUUUAAGCAGAAGCUGGGGGUUGCGGUGGAGUCUGCGAAGCGAGGCAGUGGGACUAGGAAGCUGGAAAGUAUGAGGAAAUCUGUGUCUGCUGCGUAUUCUGUGGAGAGGACAAGCGAGACGCCGAGGUAUAUGCUGAGGAGUAUGAGCAAGGAGAAUAAGAAGCCUCCUCUGGCUCAGCCCCCUGCUGCUCUGUAUUCUGCUCAGAGAUCAAGUGUUGGAGGUGGAAGGAAGACAGCGUCUCGAAGAGUUGGGUAUUAGGAAUAAUGGGGAUUUGAGUUUGGGGUGUUUUGUGUUUUGGGUAUGUGGCUUGCCUUUGAGUCUUUGUUUCUGAAACUCUGUGGUUGGAGUUGGGGAUGAACUUGUGGGAUUCAUAUAUGGCUUGACUUUGUUUUUCUUUGUUUAUGGAACUAUAUGUUGUUCAUUCAGAUGUUAUUGUCUGAAUAACAUUUUAGCAGUUUCUGUUUGAAAGAUUGUUGGCUGGACCAAAUUUGUCUUGCAGUGCACAAUAUACAUGUUUUCAGUUUAUAUUU